AUGGCUGUUUCACUAACGGUUUAGCCGAAAUGCCUCCUGGGUAAAAAUGAAGACAUACGCAACCUCCUUGUUUGUACUUUAAAUGUUAGAAGAGAUGAAAACAGUUGUUACCAAUUGGGGGAACAGUAUAUUCUCACUGGCGAUUCUUUUUAAUCCUGUUUUAUUGACUUGGCUGUAUUCCAGGGCUUAUAAUCAGGGUCAUGAUUUUUUGGAACAUAUCCUUUGGGGAAAUUAGAGCAUUACCAUCCAACUCGGCAUCACCUAGACAAGCAGGCUUCAAUUUUCCAAAUGAAAUGAAUCACCAAGAGGUUGUCAGAAAACAUAUUUAGUGGGCAAAAGACAAAUAAAGUAGAAUACUUUAAUCCGAUUUUGGUCAUAUUUCAGGGAAAUGAAGAUGUAGCCAUAAACUCAGGUGAUAAACUGAACCGUCAGAAAUCAAAUGUUCAGCAGGUUGAACUGGAACAGAGAUGCUGUGCAAGAAAAUAUCAGAAAUCUACAGAUUCCGCAAAGCUGCAUAUGGGAGUUGCUCCGGAAGAAGACAGGUGAUCUGCCGCCAGCGAUGUGCGCAGUACGUGAUGCGACAUGUCAAGAGAAACAAAAUUAACUGGUGCAUCAAUACACGCUGUCUGAGGGAUUAUCAGUCACCGUGACGUUUACAGAUCUAGAAUAAACGAGAAUAGAAUAGAAUCUGAUUGUUUUAUUAUUCCACUGCUGGGUAAGACUAAAGUGAAAUCUCUGGAGGACUCGUUGUCAGAGACAUUAAAUCAGUAGCAACAUGAAUAAAACUAAACAUGAGAAACCAGAGUUUUGUUUGUUUGGCUCUUAGAGGGAAUCUGCAGUGAGCUGAAACUGUUCAGCUGUUAAAGUCAGCAGAGAUGCUGACUUUAAAAUAUUCAUCAGAAACUGUGAAACAGAAAGCAGAUUUGUUUGUAAGUCUGUCUUUUCCUGAGCAACAUUCUGCAGACAUGAGGAAGAGACGAAGCUGUUGGUGGGUGGGGUUCAAAGAACCAUGAAGGAAUGAAGACAAUCAGGAGAGUCUGGUUUUAUCUGAGGAUCAUCGGGUGCUAACAGAUGGAAACGGCAAAACGUCUCAUUCUUACCAAAACCUGGUUCACACAUAGUUGUGGGUAGAAUAGAUUCAGUCUUUAUAUAUGAUUGUUUCAGUGAUGGUCAUAAACAAACAACUGAAAGUUCAGUUAUCAGCUGAGUGUUUUUGUUUCUGCUGACUGAAUGAACACGUUGAAGAAUGUGUUCAUUCUUCUAAUACAUAGAACAAUGUUUUAAAAACGACAAGAUCACAUGACCUGCCUGGAACAAAACGGGUUUAUCUUCAUUUUGACCUUUCAAUGACUUGACCAGUUUAACAAAGAUGAAACUAAACAUUUUCUCAGAGCUCAUCAGUAGUUUCUGUAGAGGAGAAGUGUGACACUGUUGCUCUCUGAGAGGAAGAUGAAGACGUUGGUGACGUUUGGGAUCCUCCUGUACGUGUCCUUAGGGAUCCAKRCUGCAGUGAUAGAAGUGUUUGAGGAGGCGCAGUCUGUCCUGCUGCCCUGCCUUUAUGGGGGAAUAAUUCCUGAAGAUCCCUUCGUUAUCUGGACUCGUAAYGAUCACRACUCCAAAGUUUUCCUCUUUCGACAAGAAGGCAGUGAUACAGAAGGACAGAACCAGAUCUACAGAGGAAGAACAUCGAUGAGUCCUGAUGCUCUGGAAACUGGAAACUACAGUCUGACCUUCAGAAAGCCUCAACCGACUGACAGUGGAAACUACAUCUGCAGCAUCGCUGAUAACGUAAAGAUGCUAAAGCUGACAGAGGUUCAGCUCAAUGUCAAAGAUGUCCAGGUGGAGAUGAAGGUCAAUAGAGACGCAGAGUUUGUUGUCUUGCCCUGUAAAACAUCUGCUGGUUUACCCAGAGACACCAGAGUGGAAUGGACCCGAUCAGAACCAGAAUUUAUGUUUGUUCAUGCAUAUCCAAACACAAGUGCACACAAUGCAGAAAGGGAAAAGCGUUACUGUGGCCGCACUGCCAUGAAUGAAGACCUGCUGAGAACCGGAAACGUCAGCCUGACCCUGAGAUACCCCACAGCCAGAGACAGUGGACGCUACGUCUGCACCGUCUACAGAGACAAAGACAUCCUGAGACAGAGAGUGGUUCUGGAACAGGUCCAAACUGUGGAUCCAGAGGGUACACCCAUCUGGGUCACAGUUUUCCUGGUUCUCCUGGUUCUUGGAUUGUCUGGAGGUGCUUUGUUUCAUUUCCGCCACUAUUUCAUACCAGUCAAACAGGUGGAGGUGGAUUCAGGGGCAGAGUCUGUCCUGCUGCCCUGCAGAACCAGACCUUUCCUGCCCAGAGAUGUUAGAGUGGAGUGGACGAACAGCAAAAACUGGAAGGUCCAUCUGUAUGACUACGGUUCUGAUCAGCCAGGAGAACAGCAUGACCUCUACAGAACCAGAACCAGGAUGAAUGAAAACCCACUGAGAACUGGAGACCUCAGUCUGACUCUGAGACGGCCCACUGAUAGAGACAGAAAGAUCUACACCUGCAGCGUCACCAACAGGGCUGGAAAGAUCCUGAUGAAGAAACAAGUUCAGCUCCAUGUCAGCAUCCCACAGGUGAAGGUGGAAUCAGGGGUGGAGUCGGUCCUGCUGCCCUGCAGAAYCACAGAGAAUCUGCCUGGAGAUGCUAAAGUGGAGUGGAGGGAUAGAGACCGUGAAAAGGUCCAUGUGUAUAAGAACGGUUCUGAUCAGCCUGGAGAACAGAGCCAGUUCUACAGAACCAGGACCAAGAUGGAUGAAGAACCGCUGAGGACUGGAGACCUGAGUCUGACUCUGAGACGGGCAGAGAGGCUCAUCAGGCCCACCUGCAUCAAAGCGACCAAGCUGGAGGAGCACAGAGUAAUACCGGGCCCUGUUGCGGUGACUGAGAUUGGGAUGCAGGAUCUGACCCCCCAGCUGUGGCAGAAGGUCCUUCCUGUGGAAGCUGCAACAGAGCCUGAUCAGCAGUAG